GAAUUGAGCAGGUUUUCAUUUCGGUUUGUUAUGUGAAGCAAUUUUUGUGGAAGUGGUGGAAAGCAUUAUGCCUACAUAGCGUCACGAAAAUUUUUGAGAGACUUUCCUAGCCAUGCUCAUUUCUGCACGGACUAGUCUGCUGUACACAUUUGACUGUGCAUUUGACAGCUAUGCUUUAAUAAACCGAUGUGCGCGGUUUGGUUUACCGUUACAUUGUGCCAGCUGGAGCGAGCUGGAGAGCUGGGUUGGUAAAUGUGUUGAUGCGUGAAGAGUGGCAAACGGAUUAUUAGAACAGCCUUCCAUCGAUGCAAAUUUGAAGCUACUGAUAGACAUAUGACAUGAAUAACAUAAACGGUACCUCAACAAAUGAAACUGAUAGACCAUCACCAAGUAUUCCUGGGCCAUAUCGCAGCCCAGAGCAAACAGAGGCAUUUCCCCUGAAGCACAGUUUGUAUAGAGGGAAUGGUGGAGCUGGUAACAAAGUCCAUGGGUUAAGGUCACUUACUGAGUGCUGCAGUGGAUCUGUCAAUAAGAGCGGUACCAGUCUUCGCAUUAUUGUUCUGUGCUUUGUGGCACUCACCCUGGCUGUGAUAGUAGCUCUCACAAUUCAGAUUUACUAUGGAGAUUAUCAGCUUGUUCCCCAUGGUAGCGUUGCCACAGACAACCCUCGCUGCUCUGUAGUUGGAACAGAGAUCCUUAAAAAUGGUGGAAGUGCUGUUGAUGCUGCAGUUGCUUCAACGUUGUGUUUAGGAGUGGUGAACCCUCAUGUUACAGGACUAGGAGGUGGUGGAUUCAUGAUCGUAUACAGCCAUCGCAACCAGAAAGUAUUAGAUGUGAUUGAUUUCCGUGAAGUAGCACCUGCUUAUAUUAAUACAUCAAUUCAUACACCAGGCAGUUAUGUGGGUGUGCCAGGUGUGCUGAGAGGACUUGCUAUGGCACAUGAGUUGCAUGGAAAAUUACCAUGGAUGGAUAUCGUCAUGCCUGCAGUGCAUAUUGCACGAUCGGGCUUCCAAGUCCCUGAGUCUCUUUUUGCUGCGAAGGCCCAUCUGGAUUUGAAUGUAUUAUUCAAUCGAAGACUUAUUAACUGGGCUGCCCCACUAGAAGCUGGUCAGCACCUCACCCUGCCUGAACUGGCAGCCACAUUGGAGUUAAUUGCUGCUAAAGGACCUGAUGUUUUUUAUAAUGGGAGCAUUGCAAGAAAUGUCUUGCUUGCUGUCGCAAAUGCAGGAGGCAAGAUGACUGAACAGGAUCUGGCCGGUUACCAAGCAGUAAGGCGCUCUGCAUUGACAGCUACAUUUGCUGACUUCAGUGUAUUGGUUCCUGACCUCCCAUCGGGAGGACCAGCUUUAUUGGCAACCCUGGAAUUGCUUUCUGCUCUAAAUUCUUCUAGAGGUGGACAUGGAAUGUCUCCGUUGAACAUUAUCAGUUUGGCAAAUGCAUCUGAAAACGUUUAUAGAAGGGCACUUCUUGGCAUUUGGGGUGAUCCAAAUUUCCAGGAUGAAGAAUAUGAUAAUGAUAGAGGUAAAGUCAGUUUGGGAAAAUUGACACAGUCUGUGGGCUCUCAUGUUGCAGCAGUGGACUUGAAUGAUAUUUAUGUCUCUGUUGUAAGUGGUCUCAAUGCAUGGUUUGGUUCACAGUUGCUUACAAAUGACGGUUUUAUACUGAAUAAUGCACUGACCAACUUUGGAGUGGGAAAGAAUAGCCCAUUUCCAGGCAAGCGACCAAUGUCGUUCAGUACACCUGUCAUUGCUACAGAAAAGAGACGUAUAUGUGGACGCAGAUUGGUGCUUGGCUCAGCGGAUGUGGCACUGGCAGCCCAGCUUCUGUCGCAUCUCCUUGUAUUGGACAUGAAUGUGACGUGGAGUGUGGAGGCUCCUCGUUUCCAUAUCGCACAUGGCAAUAAUAGUAUUUUUAUUGAAGAUUACCAUGUACCUGCACUGAGCAAGAACGCACAGGAGUCUCUUGAAAAGUAUGGCUAUCAUCUGGAAAGUCUGUCCAAACCAUAUCAGAGCUGUAACAUUGUGGAGAAAAUUGGGGAUGAUCUUACAUCGCAUUCUGAUUCCCGUGGAGGGGGCAUAUCGUCUCGAUUUUAAUUUAAACGCUCUCUCUCUCUCUCUCUCCUGUUGCUCCCUCUUUGGAGCAUAGGGCACAUGUGAAACACUUUGUUUCAUCUCAGAUUCUUAAUCCUAAGCCAGUUGGUAGGACUCCUUGGGCAGAGGAUCAGCCCGUUACAAGGCCGCUACCUACAGUGCUCGAGUGAGUAAUGACAGUUCAUGUCUUAGACUGCGUGACCGCUGUGAUUGGCAAUUUAAACACUAGGGAAGCAAAAAUUUAAAUCGUUUACUCGAGCACUGGGAUCAUAGGUUCUGAUCUCAAUCAAGGCAUGGAUGUGUGGCUGCAUUUAUUCUGUGUUGGUGUUGU